AUGAAUGAUGAUAACGAUGCUGCAACUGAAGAAGCAAUCGAAAGCCAAUCAUUAUGGAAAUUGAAAGGUGUCAUAUUACUAUGUGUUGCCAAUACUUUUACUGGGUUCCUAUUUGGUUGGGAUACGGGUACAAUUGGUGGUAUUACCAACAUGAGUGGGUUUAGAAGACAUUUCGCACCUUAUAAGAAUGGUGAAUAUCAAUUUUCUCAGUUUAUUGUUGGGUUGAUUGUUUCAGUUUUCAACGUUGGUUGUGCCCUGGGUAGUACAUUUAUUUCAAAGACUGGUGAUUGGAAAGGUAGAAAAUUUGGAAUUUUCAUUAGUAUAAUCAUUUACAUCAUUGGUGUGAUUGUUCAAUUAACUAGUGUUUCUUCAGCAAAAUGGUAUCAGUUAUUAGUUGGUAGAAUCAUUACAGGUUUAGCUGUUGGUGCUACUUCUGUCCUUACACCAAUGUUUAUUAGUGAAAGUUCACCAAUCAAGAUUAGAGGUGCAAUGGUUUGUGUUUAUCAAUUGAUGAUUACGUUAGGGAUCUUGUUUGGUAACGUUACAAAUUAUGGAUGUAAAGAGUAUCAUCCAGAUUCAAAUGCGCAAUGGUUAAUUCCAAUUGGAUUAGGGUUUGUAUGGGCUGCAUUGGCAUUAACCGGGUUGUUCUUUAUGCCAGAAUCUCCAUUUUAUUUGGUUUAUAAAAAUGAUCGAGAAGGUGCUAUUAGAUCAGUUGCAAGAUUAAAUCAAUUACCACCAGAUUCUCCAUUGGUGCAUAAUGAAGUUGACAAGUUUAUGGAGAAAUCUGAGCAAAUGAAGGCUGAAACUGGUCAAACUACAUGGACUGAGUUUAUUACAGGUAGUCCAAUGUUGGGGUUCAGAUUAGGUAUUGGUAUGUUUAUUAUGGCCAUGCAACAAUUGACUGGUGCCAAUUAUUUCUUUUAUUAUGGUACGACGUUAUUUAAUUCAGUUGGAUUGGAUGAUUCUUAUGUUACUUCGAUUAUUUUAGCCACUGUUAAUUGUGUUCCUACAUUCUUCAGUGUUUAUUUAGUGGAAAGAUUUGGUAGAAAGUCAUGCUUGAUGGUUGGAAGUGUUGGUAUGUGUGCAUGUAUGUUGAUUUAUGCUUCAGUUGGUGGGUUUGGUUUAUAUGACAGUAAUGGUGAGGCUAGAUACUCUUCAGGUGUUGCCAUGAUUGUCUUUUCGUGUUUUUUCAUUGUUGGUUUUGCAACAACUUGGGGUCCAGUUGCUUUUGUGCUGGUUAGUGAAUUAUACCCAGUUAGAGUUCGUGCAAUUUCAAUGUCUGUUGCAACUGCUAUGAAUUGGAUUUGGAACUUCUUGAUUUCAUUAUUUACUCCAUUUAUCACUGAUGCUAUAGAUUUCAAAUUUGGUUAUGUAUUUGCUGGAUGUUUAUUUGUUGCAAUCCUUAUGGUUUACUUAUUUGUUCCAGAAACUAAAGGGUUAACCAAUUCGCAAAUUGAUGAUAUUUACAGAGAGGGACAUGUCUUCAAUUUCAAGAGACAUCGUAAACCUGAUUUAGAAAAGUCGAGUGAUGUUGACUAUACAGAUUAA